CAAGAAAGGCGGCGCGCAGAGAACGGACUGACUGACUGAUCAUCACCGAUCAUUGCGGAGGGAAGCCGCUGUUCAGUGUCUAUAACGAAUCGUGAGGCGGGUCACGUCAAAUGAGCAUAGUGGCAGGAAAGAAGGCACCGGUGCUGCGCUUGCCCGAAAUAUGACCAGCGGUGCGCGCAAGCCCCUGUACAGAGAUUACGGUUUAACGCAGCGGUUGAACACAGCGCAGGAAAGCGAGCAGCAACUCCAGCGCCAAGGCGAAGGCGAGCGCAAACGCGCGCACCGAUGGCGGCUCUCCUUUGCGUGGCUGAUCCUUUUGGCCACGCUGCUGUCUGACCGGCUGCACUUCUGCGCCGAGGCCAAGCUCACCGGUAGCCUACAGGAGGACGCAGUUUCUCCCGGGAACUCGACGUGGAGAGCGGAUACGUGCCGCGCUAACGGCGUGUCCCGGAGCUGCUUCACCUUGUCGGACGCGGACCUGCUGUGCGCAGCCCUCUUUACUCCGGAGCUCAACCCCAGCGACCUGUACCUGUCCUUCUGCAGCGCGUACUCGCUUAUGGAUCUCCUGUACGGCUCGUCCAGCCCGGACCACUUGAACUGCAGCGUGGACGCUCUGGCGAGCGGAGAUUUGUUCCAUUGCAGCCUGUGCGUGCAGGCGUACCAGCGCUAUGAUCUGCACGCGCACGAGAAAUAUGAGGAGUUCGAGAGCAUGGCCGCGCGCUACGAGACCGACGAGUACUCGGUGCGAACCUGCAUGGAUGAGUGCAAGAUGGUGUACAAGCCCUGGCUGUGUGCUCAGUACUUUCAGAGCAAUCAAUCCAGCUGCAGCCGCAAGAUCCCUUGCGAGCAUUACUGUCUCAAGGUCCAGCAGAGGUGUCCCUUCAUAUUGCCUGACAAUGACGACCUUAUACACGGUGGCACACCAAGUUUUAUAUGUACAGGGCUUUCAGAAAGCAUGCAGAACACCAACCAGGAGCCACAGUGCUGUGAUGUUCGGUGGGAGCUGAAAUUUAAUGAACGUUCACAUGACGCUUACAAAAGGACUCAUCCCUCCUGCCAGCACAUGUCUGCCACCACCUCGGGAGCACCGAGGCUGAGUCAGGGCAGACUGAAGCUCUGCCUGCUGGUCCUCGUCCUCCUGCAAACGAUGGCAACCAUGACGGCCGUCCAAAACUCCACCUGUCUGGCCGCCAUCUUUACGCUGGAGGACAACGCCCCCAGGGAGGAGUGA